UGAUUGUGCAAGCGCGCCUGCUCAGAAACUGUUCUAAUAUCCUUCUUCAAUCCCUCAUACCGUCGAUCAAGUAAAGCAUCCAAGGCUGUGUAGCGGGGUGGGCUCAGCCACAUCUCCCACGUAUUUCACCCAAACUUUGUCACUCUCGACAUCUCUGAAACUCCCCACGCGAAUAUGAAGACGUCAGCAGCCUACAGCGAUAAUCAAGAAGCUCUCCGGCUUCCACAUGGACCUCCUCUCCCACAAAGACCGCACGCCAAUUCCAACCAUCUCCAUACUACUCGACGAUGAGCGACGGAGCCCUUUCCGCCCCGGCGAGCCCGUCCGAGGCACCAUCACACUCCACACCCCAACCCCCCGCACGAUACAGCACGCAGAAGCCCUCUUCUUCGGCCGGACAGUAACGCACUGCACGCGCAUCGGCGAAGCAGGGAACUGGGUGGGCCUGCUCGGGCGCCGGAAUUUCAGCACGAACCAAACGAUCCACUACCACGAUGAUGCGAGUCUGCUGCGCUUCACGCAGAACUUGGCCGACGCCGUUACGCUGGAGCCUGAUAGGCCUUAUUCCUGGCACUUUGACUUUGUGUUUGGGGAUUCGGCCAAGUUGGUUGGGGCGAGUCCGUGGCGGGGGCCGACGACGGGGACGGGGGUGUAUGCGCAGGGACUGCAUCCGCUGCCUCCGUCUUGUGAUCGCACUUUCAAUGAUCACCACUAUGCCAGGGUGGAAUACUUCAUCCAAGCAGUCUUCUACUUCACCGACACCAACGCCGCUCUAACCGCACAGCUGCCCUUAGACUUUGCGGGAAACGCCCCCUGGCCUGAUCCCAAUAGUCGAGUCGAAAUCACAAGGCCUCCAGAAAUCUUCUCCAGCCCGCGCUUGCUCAACGACCAGAAGUCUUCUCUCCGACACAGUUUGAAGAUUGGAGGGGUAGAUGCCCCAUCGGUUCGCGUAACGCUCAAGACGACAGUCAACACCCAGGUCAUCGCGGGCUCUCUGCUUCCCCUCGACGUAUGCGUUGAAUUGACCGACUUCUCCACGUCCGCCAUCUCCAUUCCGGACGUGGAGCUGCGCAUCAAAUCGUGCAAAUUACAUCAAGUCACCUUCUUUCGUGCUCGAGAAGUGCGCGCCCGCUCUGAUCCGCCGGAAUACCAGGAGAUCGGGGAAGACAAAGUGUCGUUGAGGAGCAUACCGGAGCAAAUCGCAUCAAAGGGCGAUGUGAAACCCCACUCAACUGUAUAUUCAGCUAUCUUUCAAGCCGAGAUCCCCGCCAGGCUGGCACCUAGUUUCCGCACAUUCAACAUCAACCACAACUACCAAUUAUCAGGGGAAGUGGUGGCGACAAUCUGCGGCAAGAAAUUCGAGCAGGAGUUUGGGAUCGAGAAUAUCAUUAUGCAUCCGCGGACAUGAGAAAUCUAUAAUGUCGCUCGUCUAUAAUGUUGUAAAGCCAACUCUAAGCAUCAACCAAGUUCCUCUUCAUCUGCUCCACCUGCGCCUGACUCAACCCGCACUGCUUCACAAUAUACUGCUCCGCGCCCCCGAAAUCAUCGCGCAACAUCCCCAGCGCAGCAAGCAUGUUUUCCUUCUUCGCGCUCACCAUUCGCCACACGCCCUCCUCGUUGUCAGAGAUUGCAGGGUUUUU